AUGGCUACACCAGAAAAUGCUCAGUCUUUUGCCUCCCUUUCGACAUCCCAGCCUCCUGUCGUCGAUGCCGGCGCUUUACCAUCUGGUCAAUCCACAGCUCUAAAGCUCGAGCCUGCCACGCCUCUCGAGUACGUUCAAACGGCAUACCUCAACGCCGAUGAGUGGAAGGGCCCAUUGACCAUCAAACAAUACCUCCAGCGCGAAGAUAUCCUACAGGCCGCCGAUUUGACAAAAGACGCACGGAUCACUGGGUGGAUUUUGACCUCCGACUCACUACCCAAAAAUGCGGACGGAUCGAGACCUAUUUUCGCCAGCUGCGAGACUAUCCCCAUCCAUGCUUAUGUUGCCCGCGACGGCGUUGUCGAAAAGGUCCAGGCACAUGGCAUCGCUUCGGUCUAUAAUCGACCGGAACACCGGGGCAAAGGUUAUGCUUCUCGCAUGAUGGCAGAACUGGGCAAGAGACUGGAGACCUGGCAGUCAUCACACGGUUCGAAAAAUCGUUUCUCUGUGCUUUUCUCGGAUAUUGGACAGACGUUUUAUGCUAGGUUUGGGUGGAAAGUCUUUCCGUCUACCCAUAUUCACCUGCAACAGAUCAAUCGGCUGGAUUACCAACGAGCCACCUCUGGGCUCCCUACAGUCGAAGACUUGUCGUUGGAGGACCUGAAGACCAUACCGGCCGUCGAGUACGUUGAACACCGCUUGCAGCAGAUAUCCAAAACAGAUCAAGGCAAAACCCACGUCGCCAUUCGUCCUGAUUUGGAGCACUUCGAGUGGCAUUUUGCUCGAGAUGAGUUCCAGACUAAGGUCAUGGGAAAGCGCUUUCCGGAAGUAAAGGGAGCUAUCCACCGAUCCACCGGUCUCGCUCUAAUUUGGUGUCGCAUCUACGCGGCCAAGAAGCCUGAUUGGCAAUUACAUAUCCUCCACACCGUAGUUCCGCCUUCCAUGCAGAGUUCUCAAGAGGCCGAAGCCGUGAUGGCUGCUCUGCUUGCAAGGGCCCAGUUGGAAGCACAUGAAUGGGAAAUGGCUAGCGGGGUUGAAGUAUGGGACCCUUCCGACUUCGUGGUCACUUCGGCUCAGAGGCUGCGAACGGAAGAGCAAGGUAAAGUGGACAUCAUUACUCGUGACAAGGAGCAUUUAUGCAGUCUGCGAUGGACUGGUGGGCCUGGCGUGGAUGUGGUCUGGCUAGCCAAGGAGAAGUACGCCUGGUGUUGA